UACGCCGGAAAAUCAAAGCGCAGCCUCCUCACACACGCGCACACACACAACCGCGGAGCUGCGCGCGAGGAGCUUCUUCAACGGCUCCUACCAACUUUACUUCAUAUAUCCACGGUGUACUUUCUCUUUUGCCGUCACGGAGAUGGAUAAGAGGCUCGAAGGGAGGAGAUGGACGUUUGCUGGGUCACUGCUCUGCCUACUCGUGUGCGUGUGUGCGCUGAACCGCGCGCUCGCGCAGAUCCGCUACUCGAUUCCCGAGGAGCUGGAGCACGGCGCAUUUGUUGGAAACAUUGCCGAGGACUUGGGUUUGGAUGUCGCCAAACUCUCUGCCAGGCGAUUUCGGAUCGUGUCUGGGGCGAGGAAGCAGUACUUGGAGGUGAACUUGGAGAAUGGGAUUUUAUUCGUAAAUGAGAAGAUCGACCGUGAGGAGCUGUGCGAGCAGAGCCCGCUUUGUUUCUUGCACUUGCAGGUGGUAAUCGAGAACCCACUGGAGCUGUACAGAGUGGAGGUCGAGGUUUUGGAUGUUAAUGAUAACGCACCGAGCUUCCCCUGGAGUGAGUUCAACCUGGAGAUCACCGAAUCGGCAGCACCUGGCUCUCGCUUUCCUCUGGAGAGCGCGCAGGACCUAGACGUGGGUACGAACUCUUUGCGUUCGUACUUGCUGAGCGCGAACCGGCACUUCGCGCUGGACAUUCAGACGCGCAACGACGGCAGCAAGUUUGCCGAGCUCGUGCUGGAGUCCGCGCUGGACCGCGAGCAGCAGAAGACGCACGAGAUGGUGUUGACCGCCGUGGACGGCGGAUCGCCGCUGCGCUCGGGCACAGCGCAGAUUACUGUCACCGUACUGGACGCCAACGACAACGUUCCCGUCUUUGAACGGCCCGUAUACCGCGUAAGUCUCGUGGAAAACGCGCCUCGCGGCACGCUCGUGCUCAAGCUCAACGCCACAGACGUAGACGAGGGUGCGAACGGUGAGAUCGUAUACUCUUUCAGCGGCCACGCGCCCUUGCGGGUGCGCGAGCUCUUCAGCGUGGACGCGCACACCGGGGAGAUCCGCGUAAAAGGGGUGGUGGACUAUGAGAAGUCUGCCGUACACGAGCUCUACGUGCAGGCAAAAGACAAGGGUCCGUCCGCUGUGGCCGUGCAUUGCAAGGUGCUCGUGGACGUGCUGGACGUCAACGACAACGCGCCUGAGGUCAUCCUCACGUCCGUAUCCACACCUGUACAGGAGGACGCGCCACCAGGCACCGUGAUAGCCGUAGUGAGUGUGACAGACAGGGACUCGGGGGAGAACGGAGCCGUGGACUGUCAGAUACCGAGCAACGUACCGUUUCAGCUGCACUCCUCUUUCAAGAACUAUUACACUCUCGUAACCAGCGACCUUUUGGACAGAGAAUCCGUGGCUGAGUACAACAUUACGCUGACGGCGCGCGACUCGGGCUUGCCACCACUCUCCAUGAGCAAAACUCUGCUCGUGCAGGUUGCGGAUAUAAACGACAACGCACCCCGCUUCCUCCAGCCGUCAUACACAGUGUACGUGACCGAAAACAAUGCGCCGGGUGCAUCCAUCUGCUCGGUCACUGCUUUCGACCCCGACUCGAAUCAGAACGCGUACCUGUCCUAUUCCAUUCUGGAGGGUCAGAUUCAGGGCAUGCCCGUGUCCACAUAUGUCUCCAUCAACUCGGACAACGGCAACGUGUACGCGCUGCGUUCCUUCGACUAUGAGAGGUUGCGCAACUUCCAGAUCCGUGUGCGCGCGCAGGACGCGGGCUUCCCUCCGCUCAGUGGAAACGUGACCGUUAAUGUAUUUGUGCUGGACCAGAACGACAACGCUCCGGUCAUUGUGUCGCCGCUGCCCACCAACGGCACGGCAGCUACCGAGGUGGUGCCGCGCUCGGUGGACGCAGGAUACCUGGCGGCGAAAAUCACAGCGCUGGACGCGGACGCCGGACAGAACUCGCGCCUCUCGUACCAAGUGCUGCACGCCACGGAUCCCGGGCUUUUCAGCGUGGCGCUGUACACCGGUGAGAUCAGAACUAUCCGCCGUUUCGUGGAAAAAGACGCCGCGCGCCAAAGGCUCGUGGUUUUGGUCAGGGACAAUGGACAGCCGCCGCUCUCGGCCACCGCCUCCAUCGUGUUGUCCGUUGUGGACAGCGUGCCCGAGUCACCCUCCGAACUUGGCGACCCGUCGCGCGGCGCGCGCCCCCCCUCAAACCUUGCGCUCUACCUCAUCGUUUCACUCAGUACCGUCUCACUCAUCUUCCUCGUGGCCAUCAUUGUGCUGGCCGGCUUUAAGUGCUACAAAGACGGCGGGGACUCGCUCUCCUCUUUCGGCAGCGCUGCGUGCUGCACUUUCGAAGACGAGCCUCCUCCCACCGACGUGCUCAAAAAGUCCAACCUGAACGUGCAGCUCUCCACCGGUGCUAAAGUGCCCACGGGAUGCGUAGAGGUGAACGGCGGCACCGGAGGAACAGGAACCGGAACAGCGCAGCAGCCGUACUGCUACAAAGUGUGUCUGACUCCAGAAUCGACCAAGAGCGACUUCAUGUUCCUGAAGCCGUGCAGUCCCGGGGGCGCGAGAAAUAACGCUACAAGGAACCAUGGACCAGCGGUGAAUAACGGAGCUACGACUCCAAACGAGCUAAAGCAAGAUAACACAGACUGGGCUCUCACCAAGAAUCAAACUUCUUCUUUAAAAAGCUAUAAUUCCAUUAACAUGGAUGGCACUCUGAGGAAGGCCAUGCAGAAUGAUUCUGAAAACUAUGUCAGUCCAAUGGCUGCAGGACAGUAUUGGACCUGGGGGACUGGAAGAGUGAGAGAGUAUAGAAUGUCUUCUCCAGCGCCAGGCCUACCGCAGCAACGGGCAUGGACACCCCGCUACACUCCCACAAACAACCCCCAACCGCAGCAGCCUGCACCUCACCCUGGCCACCCUCCUCCCGACUACCAACACAAUGUCUACAUCCCUGGUACUCCCUCUGCCCUGUGCACUCUUCGACCAAGCCACCGCAGUGAGCUUGACGUUCACAACUCAUUCUCCACCUUCGGCAAGAAGCGCAAGUUCAUCUCUCCCAGCAGUUACGAUCCUCGAGAUGACACAGGGACUGAGGUCAUCAAUAAUGACUUAUAUAAUGAAUGAAGAGAAGUAAUAGAAAGAGAAAAUGUUACAAAGCCGAGAUGUAAUGAUGCAAACAGUGUGGGGGAGCAAAUAUCCUAAGUUAAAAGAAAAUUGCAAGGAAGAAGAAAAGAGAAGAUCAGAGAGUUUCAAUAUGACCAAAGCAGAGCCUAUAUUUCUAAACCAAACUAGUCUCGUAUUAUAGAGAAUUAUGUUUCUGCUCUCUGUGGUCUGCUUCCCAUGACUCUAUUUGCUUCAGUAACCAGAAAAAAACACCAUUUGGUUGAUUUCUCUCACAGUUACGUGUUUGUGGCACAUUAAAUGAGGGGUCUCCAUAAAGAGGCCUUAAUAGCCAACACUGGCUCAAAGAACUGUCUCACCGUCAGACUCGCUGUCCACCCAUCAGUCCAUAUUUGUUGUGUGAGUACUGAAAAAAGAGAAAGGGGGGAAAGAAAGUGAAGUAAAUCUGUUUACAUCACUCUGUGUUUCAUGCCAUUCGUAAAGUAAAGAAGGUUUAAUAUGGCUGCUGAAGAGGGUUUGUUAAGGCUAAAAUGAGUUGGCAUAUUCUUCUAUGUAAAUCAUCAGAGAAUAAAGUUGUUUUUUUACUGUCCUUCAGACCAUGUGAAUUGAGACCUUGUGUCAUCAUAGUUAUUUUAAAAUUCAUUAUGACAGAUUGAACAUUGCAUAUUUUUACAUUGAAAAUUCUGAUUACUAUAAUGUUUUGCUACCAUUGUUAAUUUGACAAUCACAUAAGCCUAAAUGUAAGCAUUACAUGGCCUUGGCACACAGUAUGUAUUUUCUGUUCUAGCAGAACAGUUUUAGCCUUGGAUUGAUUGGUUGCUUACUGAAACUGAUGAGAAAGUCCAAUGAGAUUAUUGUUCAGUGAACAAUAAAAACAAUGUUGAUAUGUAUGCAAACUGGGUAAAUGACUCUCACAGGUAAAUUACUUCAGGCUAAGGCAUACACUACUGUAUACAUUCUGAGAAUAAAAAUAUUUUUUUCUGAAAUAA